AUGGCUGCCAGCAAUGAUCUCCGGGGCUGGGUUAUGAGCGCCGUCUCCGGUGUUGCUUGCGUUCUAGGUUCCUCCGUCAUAUGUAUCGAUGUAAUUCUCCGCCAGUUCUCUCACCGCAAGAACUUCCAGAUCGUUAAUCACAAUGGCUUCUUAUCGGCUUCACUGGGUCUCAGUGCCGGCGUCAUGCUCUUUACCUCUCUUUAUAGCAUGCUUCCCACCUCCCUCAAAUACCUGACUCGUGCCGGACUAGCCCCCUCGCCCGCAGCAUAUACCUUGAUUGGUCUUUUCCUGGCCGGUGUCAUAGUCAUCCGGUUUCUUUCGGCAUUUCUCCAUCAUCAUAUUCCCUCCCACGUUGUGGAUUGUGCCCACUCCCACGAGCCGCACCCCGCUUCCGAUCUCGAACAUGGUCACCAUGACCACCACGACCACCACGACGGUGACUCACAUCCUUCGGGGACAACUGAGGGGUCAACGGAACGUACACCUCUGCUAACUAGACCGCUCGGUCGCUCCGAGGAAGAAGCCGAGAGAACCGUGUUCCGCGAAUCGUGGCGCGGCCGGCUGGUACGGCGCGUAAGUCGCCUGGUGGGUGGUGUCAAGCCACAAUGCGAUGAGUAUGGCCCAUGCUAUGGGAUUUCGCAGGCUUGUGGCCAUGAAUGCUCAAAAACUCUUGUUGGUCCGGGCGACGAGGGCCUCCGCCCCGCUAUUCCGCGCUCCGUCUCCGUUCCCGUGCAGCAAGAUGCGGAACGAUUCGUUUUUGCAGCCACCGAUCUACCGGUCUCGCAGCAGAUCCCAAAACAGAAGACCAACACGGCUUCGUCGUCUUCUUCGCAUACCGGGUUUCCCGAAGCUGACGCGGACGCGGAGGACGCCGUCAAGUCGUUGCCUGCCGGAAGCGGUCAGCACCAUCACCACGUGCCCCAGAACGCAUUCCUUUCCAUCGGUCUCCAGACGUCGGUGGCCAUUGCCUUGCAUAAAUUACCCGAGGGCUUUAUCACGUAUGCCACCAACCAUGCCAGUCCCUCCCUUGGUCUCACGGUCUUUCUUGCCCUCUUCAUCCAUAACAUUAGCGAGGGGUUUGCCAUGGCUUUGCCGCUCUACCUUGCUCUUCACUCGCGGGGUAAGGCCAUGUUUUGGUCUAGUCUUCUCGGCGGCAUAAGUCAGCCAGCCGGCGCCGCGCUCGCCGCGCUUUGGAUUUGGGGUGCUAGUCAUACCGGCGGGCCCGGGGAGGACGGCUCCGGUCCAUCCUGGGGAGUAUACGGAGGCAUGUUUGCCGCGACGGCCGGCGUCAUGACCUCGGUAGCCUUGCAAUUAUUCAGCGAAGGUCUCGCGUUGACUCAUCGUCGCGAAAUGUGCAUCGGAUUUGCCAUCGGUGGAAUGGGCCUCAUGGGCCUCAGUUUUGCCUUGACCGCAUAG